AGUCUUCUCCACAUUUACCACCACCAAAGGAUGUGAUGGUUUAUUCCUAUAACUUCCGUAGUUCACUGAGGUGGUCCUCUGUUAAAGUGGAUAAAGGCUUGGUGUUAUAUACAGUCCAUUUUAAAACAGGGGCCUUUAACCAGUGGGAUGAGAUGAACUGCACCCGUAUCGCCCAGACUGAAUGCAGCUUCCCCUUGUUGCUUAAGGAGCGGCGCUGGACUUUUUUUUUCCGUGUGAGAGCUGAGCUAGGGCAAGUGACUUCUGACUGGGUAGAAACAGAUCCAUUUGUGGCAGAGAGAAACACUACUAUAGGGCCCCCUAAAGUGAACAGCGUGAUUGAAAGCUCUGACUCACUUCUCAUUAGUGUCACACCUCCUUUUGGAUCCGAAGCAGGUGACUUUCUUCAGUAUCAUGUGUCCUACUGGGAGAAUGCAACAAGUACUACUAAAAAAGAAAUAAAGAUGAGCAGUACACUAUUUGAAAUUGGAAAUCUAAAGGAAUUGACACUCUACUGUUUUAGAAUUCAAGUAGAAUUGAUGACACAUUCAGAUCUCCAGCUACUUGGACUGCAAAGUGUCCCAAAGUGUCACAGAACUACACUAAGUGAGACAACCAGAGCUGCAUAUAUUAUACUAAUAUUUGUGUUGGUGUCAUUUUUUGUAACUCUGGUAACAGCUGGUUUGUUUCUUCUGUGGAGGCACCACAAAACAAUUAAAUAUUGGUCUCAGCCACCAUUAGAAAUCCCAUCGCACUUUGAAGAGUAUUUGAAGGACCCUAGCAUGCCUGUUUUAGAGGUGUUGGACAAUUAUGCCGAGGAUGAUCCCCACGAUUCCGUAUCUCUUGUGUUUAGUGGAGAUGGAAGCCAAGCCUGUGGCAGCAGUUUGGAUGGUCAAGCUCAUACACAUAGUGUCUCUGGUGACAGUGAAGUAACUUAAGUGGUGCCCUAGCGUGAGUGCCUGCAUCAAGAUAUUGGAGAGGCUUCUGCCCAGGAGCGGUGCCAUGUGGCUACUGGCAGGACAGAGAACGAGGUCUGGACAAAAUGCAGCCAGUGACAAAUCCUGAGUGAGAUGCUGCUUCCUGAGAAUAGCCUGGACCCUUAGCCAUUGUUUAUAUGGCUUCUGCUGUGCUACAACAGCAACUGUGUUCUGCCAUAAAGACUUAGAAGGUGGAAUGAGAAAGGGAAAUGAACACUAAAUUGCCUAAAGACAGAUGGCUAUAAAGCAUCAUCCUAUUUCCCAGUCCACAUUGAAAUAAAGCUUUCAGAAAUAAUGGCACUUUAUGGUAGGUAGGGUGUAGUUUUCAGUGAGUGAAUAAUUGUACCAUGAAUUAUGUACAGUUUAUAGUAACUUCUGUUAGGUUGCCUUAUUUGUGAAGUCAGUGUUAGCAUUCAACAUGUAUUAUAUCCCCCCCAGCCUGCUUUUCUGAAUCCUUUUAAAUACAUGCAGUUUUCUGUGGCAGCUUCUUCCCUCCAGGUAAAAACAGCAGUCGGUAUGAAGCUCUGCAAACAACUGCUCCAGGAAAGGCCUCCUCAUAGCUGCCUCUGAACAUAUUAAUGAGAAGCAUUAAUCUUCUGUUCCUGCAGUGAGACAAUUGUUCUUCACAGCAAAACAAACUUUAAAAUAAUUUUGGUCAGAAUUUAUGUAACAUGUAUCAGUAACUGUCAGACACUAAAAUCUCUUGUUGACAAUCAGAUUAGUCCUGCAAAUUGCUGGUUGUGGUUUGAGUCCCUUAAAGCAGAAGACUACAAAUUAAGCCUCACAUCACAAUCUAGUGGGGUCUGGAAAGCAUUUAAUAAAGCACAAAAAACCACUACUGUACUAAAAAGACUGGUUUUAUUUGUUUGACUUUUUUCCUGUGUGGUGUGUUUUUUUUUUUUUUAAAUGCUUGUUUAUUUGUAAAUGGCUUGUUCUGUUAAUGAACCUGGUCCCUGUUAGAGCUGUGGGCUGGCUAUCUGAGGUAAUGCUGUUCCCCCCCUUCCUUCCAGAACUACCAAAGACUAACUGAUUUUUCAUGUAACAUUUUUUCCAAAAGCUUCAUGAAGUUGUUACCUUGUAGAACUAAUCUAAGCACUUGCGAUUAGGCAGCAUGCCAAGACAAUGUAGUUAUCUGAAGAUUUCAACUCUGGAAGAAUUUUCAAGACAGCCCCAGACUGGGUAAUACCUGUUCUUGUAUUCAUUCGUAAAUAAGCGAAGAACCCCAGGCUUUCAAAAGGAACAACCUAAAUGCAUAAUAGACAGCAUAAAUAAGGUGGCAGUUGAAACAUCUGUGAAUAUUUAGCAAUACAGCAUACUGUUAUAAUGGUUAAUAGUUUUCAGUUACACAAAUAGCCACAGUUAAAACCCUUUUGUUAGGAGUAACUUGUUAUCUUCACAACUGUCAACUGUAACAGGCCAAGAUGUUAUCUAAACUGAGCCAUCCCCCUCCACCUUGGCCUGUUGUGCUGGAAGCACCUGGGGUAUAAAAGUAGACCUCAGCAUAUUCCAAAUAAAGCCUACAUGGUUCUUUCUUAUACUACACCUGUUUUCAGUGUAGGCUACCAGAAAAGACACGUGCUCAAAGCUGUCUCUCUUCUCCUAGCAGCUGUAGAGAAAGCAUGAUCAUUCCAAUUCUAUAAAACCAGAAGGGUCAGUCAAGAAAUACUUGCACAAAAGCAAACUUCUUAUAGGAAAUGCAGAUAACCUCAGAAAGCAGCUCUUGCCCUGCUCUUGAGAAAACUUUUUUAACUGGGAACUUGCAUUAAAGCACACUGUCAGAGUUCUUCCAGAAUCAAACACUUAGCCUGUCCUGUUCAAGUGAUGGUGCAAGAUACUGUAAAAAAGAUUAGGUAUAGGCUACACUUGUUUCUCAUGUAGUAAAAAUGCCAACAAACACUCUCAGGCUUCUCAGCAAGAAACUGACAGACAUGAAAACAAAAGCCUUGGCUUUACUUACUAGCUAGUGUAAGACUGGCUUAAAGGUCAGUACUGCUUGAGCUAUUGAGUGCUACCAUACAAUUCCCUUGCCAAGUUCGCUAUUUUGAGAAUGUAAGAGAAGGUUUAUUGCAGUUUUCUGAAAUUACAACCAGACAAUUUAUGUACAAAUCUCUGAUUAACACCAGUGAAUAUAUCAUAACUCACUGCAGGAUGGUGAAACCAGGAUGAAGUUAGUCUAGCCAGUAGCACAAUUUCAGCUGCAGUAUUUGCUUCAUAUUCUGUCCACUGGAGAAAUUCCCACAAGGGAGCAAUUAGAUGACUAACAGUAUACAGUAAUCAUGCACAGAAGUUCCAUUCUGCAGUUUUAAUACCAUUUGGUCAGCAAUCUUGAUAGAUGGGAAGUUACAAAAGCCUUUAGACAAAAAGUAGUUUCAAAUGCUUUAAAAACCACAUAGAACUUGUAAGAGAAGAAAGUCACCAAUAGCAAGAUGGAUAUACAAGAUCAGUCCAAAGCUACAAAAAAAUCAUUGUUCUCCCUAUACUCCAGCUAGAAGAAACUGGAUUUCAAUAAUGGAAACAUUCCCAUAAAGUGCCCAUAGAAUUUAGGAGAUAAAUACAUUUUAACUGGGGCAAAUGGCAGUCCUAAACCUGGCAAUUAUUUCAAGGUAAGAUUGUGAGCAAUAAAUACAUCUACUAUAUCCCCAAGUGAAAUGCUCACCUUUUAAACAGAAAAGGUAAUACACAGCAGGAUAACUGUUCAUUUAUCAGCAAAAAGCUUUCCCUGAAGAAAAUUAUGCCAACAUAAUUUUUUAAAUGUUAGUCUCUUAUUUAUUCUUUAUACUCUUUAAAUAUGACUGGCAUCAGUUUAGUUUGGUUGGGUUUUUUUAUUCUAAUAUCAGUAAAUACAUUAAAUACUAAUUGUUAUCUAUUACACUGAACAGCACGAGAUUAAUUCUAAGGACUGUGGUGCUACCAAAUGUCAUUGUGCUAUAGCAAUCAGAAGUCAAAAAGUUUGAUUUGCCAUGCAGAAACUGCUUAACAUGGGGCCUUGUUUAAAAAUUCAUAACCUUUUAC